GACUGCACCGCUUAAGCUUAACGUUUAAGUGUAGCUUAUUUGAAUAAUCCGACUGCACCGUAGUUUAAGCGUCACCUAAAUCGAGAUAAGGUCGGCUUAUUUUAAGGAGAAGAACUACCGCUUAACGAUUUUACCAACGAUUACGCAUGAUUUUACGCAUCAACUUAACCUAAAAAUUUUUGAAAGUAAUGUCAAAUGUUCAAAUUCAAAAUUUCAAGCACAGUUCGCAGUUCGGCAUUCGAGUAUUCACUUUUAGAAGUAAUUUCAAAAGUUAUCUUUUGUAUAGUAGUAUAGUCAGAGACAGUGUUGUGAUUAGUUAUUAGAUAGUUAUGGAAUUUAUCGUCAAUGAUAUAAUCUGGGAAUAUCUUGAUGAAUUGGAAAUCGUUGAAUUUGGAAUUCCUCGUAGGAUAUAUGAUCGUACAGAUCAUUUCCAUAAUUUGGAUGAUUUUACAUUUUUCAAGAAAUUUAGAUUGAGUAAAGAGAGUGUGAUGCAAUUCUUGCCUUAUGUCGAAAACCAAUUGGAAUUUGAAACUGAUAUGAAUAUGUCUGUGCCUCCAAUAAAUCAAUUAUUAACGUGUCUACGAUUAUAUGCAACAGGAGCGCAUUUAGAUUGUAUAGCUGAUUUUAUUGGAAUUCACCCAACAACUGCAGGCCGUAUAGUUCAAAAAGUGACAAGAUCAAUAGCUAUCCUAUACGAUCAGUUUAUAACAUUUCCUGACAAUGAAAGAAGGAACAUAUUGAAAAGGCAGUUUUAUGACAUUGCUAGAUUUCCCCAUGUAGUUGGAGCGAUAGACUGCACACAUGUGAAAAUUCAAUCACCAGGUGGUGAUGAUGCAGAAAUAUUCAGAAAUCGUAAAGGCUAUUUCUCCAUUAACGUGCAGGCAAUCUGUAAUGCAGAUUUGAAAUUUCAAAAUGUAGUUGGGAGAUGGCCUGGAUCAGCGCAUGACAGUACCAUUUUCAAUUCGAGUCGUGUUGCCAUGCUUUUUGAAAAUGGGCAUUUUGAUGACUGCAUAAUAUUAGGUGAUAGUGGUUAUCCCAUAAAUAAAUAUCUAUUGACACCACUACUGAAUCCUACCUCAAGAGCAGAACAUCUUUAUAAUGAAGCCCAUAUAAGGACCCGAAAUACCAUAGAGCGGUGCUUUGGUAUAUGGAAAAGACGGUUUCCAAUCCUAGCAUAUAUGGCUGUAGGCUUAAAAUGGAAACAACUAUGGCAAUUAUUAUAGCCACAGCCAUACUACAUAAUUUUGCAAGAGGAUUGGGUGAUGAAGAAUUUGACGUGGAGGAAUUACAUCAGAUGAUCAGAAAUGGGAGUAUCCCAAAUGUUCCUGAAAGCACUGCAACAGCGAGCAGUAUUUUAUUUCGUACAAGGCUCAUUCAAGACUACUUUGGGAAUUUAUGAUUUUACUUUUGGAAAUUUAA